AUGUCUAGUAGCACUGCCAACCGGAUCAAGGAUGGCGCUCGAUCGGCCGCCACAAAGGUUGAAGAAGCAGCGAGCGAGGCAGUGAACAACCCUGUACAGGCCAAAAAUGACUUCCUCCACCUUCCCGUCGUGCGCGCUGCUCUCCCGUUUGUCAACGGAGGUCUUGCAGGCAUGUUUGCAACUGCGUGCAUCCAGCCUAUAGACAUGGUUAAGGUGCGCCUACAGCUGGCGGGCGAGGGUGUGAAAACAGGUCCCAAGCCCACGGCUCUGGGGAUAACAAGAGACAUCAUUGCUCAAGGGAAGGUGCUCGAUCUAUACAAUGGUCUCUCAGCGGGUCUGUUGAGACAAGCCGUCUAUACCACGGCAAGAUUGGGCUUCUUUGACACCUUCCAGAACAUGCUGCAGGCACGGGCUGAGCAGAACGGCACAAAGGUCACAUUCGCGGAGCGAGGCGCCGCAGGCCUUGCGGCCGGUGGUUUGGCUGCCAUGGUUGGCAACCCCGCUGAUUUGGCACUCAUUCGAAUGCAAUCUGACGGGCUAAAACCCAAAGAAGCCCGCGCCAACUAUAGAUCAGUAUUUGACGCUUUAACUCGCAUUGCCAAAGCUGAAGGCAUCACGGCUCUCUGGGCCGGCGCAUACCCCACCGUCAUCCGCGCAAUGGCGCUCAACUUUGGUCAACUCACGUUCUUCGCCGAAUCCAAGACUCAGCUGAAGCAAUAUUUCCCUGAUAUCUCAGAAAGCUCGAACCGCUUCGGCGCGUCCGCGAUUGCUGGGUUCUUUGCCUCGUUCUUCAGCUUGCCAUUUGACUUCGUCAAGACGCGGUUGCAGAAGCAGCAGAGAGGUCCUGACGGGAAGCUCCCUUACAACGGCUUCUUCGAUUGUGCGAAGAAGGUGGUCCGCGAUGAAGGUUGGUUGAGAUUCUACCGUGGAUUCGGCACCUACUAUGUCAGGAUUGCACCACAUGCAAUGAUCACCCUGAUCGUUGCCGACUACCUGAAGUUGAUCACAACCUGA